AUGAGAACAAGUUUUUCUCAUGGUUUGGGAUUCAAAGGCAUGGUCUUUUUUUUGGGAGUGGCUCUCAUUUGUUCUCGAGUGGUGGAGGGUAAAACAUUUUCUAAGCAAAAGGUUUUGGAAGUUGAAAGGAAAAUAAACCACCUGAGAAGGCAUGCAUUAAAAAGUAUAAAGAGUGCAGAUGGAGAUAUUAUUGAUUGCAUUGACAUUUACAAGCAGCCAGCUUUUGAUCAUCCCGCUUUAAUGAAUCACACCAUCCAGAUGACACCCAGCUAUGAUCCAACCGAGACUAAAACAAGAACAAAAUGGGAUGAAAAGCACUCUUCCAUGACCGUGACUUCACAACUAUGGCAAAAAAGUGGAAGUUGUCCCAAGGGCACAAUCCCAAAGGCAGUAUUGAUUACAGAAGGUUAUAGCUACUCAGGAGCUAAAGGAGAUAUCAAAGUUUGGAAUCCUAACGUUGAGGCUGACGAUGAGUACAGUACUUCUCAAAUUUGUCUCUCCAAUGGCCCUUACUAUAAUUUUGAAAGCAUUGAAUCUGGAUGGGCGGUAAAUCCGAGUAUAUAUGGGGACAGACAGACUCGUUUAUUCGUAUAUUGGACGGCUGAUGCUUCAAAGACAACAGGUUGCUUUGAUCUCACUUGUCCUGGUUUUGUUCAAACCAGUGAUAUAAUUGCUCUUGGCGCAGCAAUAUAUCCAAUUUCAUUGCCUGGUGGACUCCCAUAUCAAAUAACCAUUUACAUAUUUAAGGAUCCCAGCACAGGCAACUGGUGGGUGCAAUAUGGAGAGAAAAUCAACAUUGGUUAUUGGCCACCUGAUUUAUUCAAAUCUUUAAGCUUUCACGCAGAAACUGUGGAUUGGGGAGGUGAAGUAUACAGCUCCAAAUUGCAACAUGCUCCACACACUGCAACAGCUAUGGGAAAUGGAAACUUUCCUCUUCCUUAUCUGUGCAAUUCAGGCUGCAUAACACGAAUGCGAAUUCAUGACAAUUCUCCAACCUUGAAGUUCCCAGAUUGGGUAGAAACUUAUACGGAUGAGUACAAUUGCUAUGAUGUUAUGUAUGUUGGAGAUUACAUUGAAGAUCCUGAAUUUUUUUAUGGAGGGCCUGGUAGAAAUUAUAUUUGUCCUUAA